AGCCCGACCGGGCCCCGCCCACUGCCUCAGUUACCCAGAAUCCGAAGCGGUCGCCUUUCGAUGUGAUUCAAAUGCAGGCGAUUCAGCUGAAACCGGUGUUCGACUGUCCGACAUGGGCAGGGAAACCUCCACCAGGACUUCAUUUGGAUGUUGUGAAAGGAGACAAGCUAGUAGAGAAACUCAUCAUUGAUGAGAAAAAAUACUACCUCUUUGGAAGAAACCCUGACAUUUGUGAUUUUACCAUUGACCAUCAGUCAUGUUCAAGAGUCCACGCUGCAUUGGUCUAUCACAAGCAUUUGAAAAGAGUUUUCAUCAUAGACCUGAACAGCACUCAUGGUACGUAUCUGGGGCGUCUUCGUUUGGAGCCUCACAAACCACAGCAAGUUCCCAUAGAUUCCACGUUGUCGUUUGGAGCCUCGACGCGAGCAUACACACUACGAGAAAAACCACAGACAAUGCCAUCUGCAAUCAAGGGUGAUGAAAUUGCGGCGGAAGAUGAUGAACUGAAGGGAUUGCUGGGUUUGCCUGAAGAGGAGACAGAACUAGAUAAUUUGACAGAAUUCAACACAGCUCACAACAAAAGAAUAUCUACGCUGACAAUUGAAGAAGGAAACCUAGAGAUCCAGAGGCCAAAACGUAAAAGAAAGAGCUACCGAGUAUCAUUCAGUGACGAUGAAGAGAUAAUAAAUCCAGAGGAUGUUGAUCCUUCAGUUGGUCGCUUCAGAAAUAUGGUUCAGACAGCAGUGGUACCACUCAAGAAAAAGAAGACGGAGAGUCCCAGUUCACUCGGCCUGGAAGACGGAGUUGCUAGGCGUAUGCAGAAUUUCCCAUUCAACGCUAGUUUAUAUGGUGGCCUCCCUCCAACCAGUGGUGAUUCUUCGUCUCAGCUACAUGGUAAUACGAUGGGAACUGCAAUGAUAGGAGGACUGCCCAUGCCGUUCCCAAACCCUGCUCCGGAAGUGGACUUGGCACCAGCAGUUGUGCCAGCAACUGUGACUAUAAACCCUGUUCCUAACCCUGGCGUGUUCAAUGCAGAAUCUGUUAAUGAGCCGAAGAAAAAGAAGUAUGCCAAGGAGGCCUGGCCUGGCAAGAAGCCAACUCCAUCAUUGCUUAUUUGAUCAUCUGUUCCUUUUUUUAAAAAAAAUGAAUAAAGUCACCUAGGAUUUGAGGACCGAGAGGGGCUUUCUUUUAAUUCUGUUAAUAUACCUAAGAUUUAUAUGAGCUUUGUACAGAUGUUUGUACAGUUGUGUAAUAGAUUCACAGCCUUUUCCACAUUUAUUGUUACUGCUUUUUACCUCUAACCUGUAUUUCAGUGUAAAUUACGUACAACAUUGCCAGUUUGUUGGACUAAAAUCACAUAAACUAUUUUUCUGCCAUGUGUGCUUUGUUUGUGUCUAGAAUAGGAUAUUAGGUGAGGGGCUGUAUGUUUUUAUAUUGGAUUUUUUGGAUUAGUAGCAAAAGCAGAGCACUGAAGUUACCUGUGCAUUGUUUAUGAUUGGAGCAAGUCAUUUAUUAUUGCUUAGACACACUCUGAAAUUGUAAUUUUCAUUGCUUCCGGAACUGUUUGCUUUUAAAAAAAAAAAUGCAGCAUUCAGAUAGCAAGUUGCACGUGUAAAAAAAAAAAUUACAUGAAAUCAAAGUACUUUCCCUACUUUUUUAUUUGCUUCAGUGAGUUAUUGAAUGAUCUUUAACAAGUACAAUUGGCCUAUUUUGAUCCCUACGUGAUACUAUUCUUGAAUGAAACUCAUUGGUUACAAUAUUUUGUAGACAUCAGCUUCUAGAACCUUAUUUUGGGAAUUACUUUAAAGAGAAAUUAGUUCUCAAGUCAGGUAAUUUUCUUAGGGGACUUGAUUCUUGUCUGUUUUUUGUUGUGAAAUGAAGCCAUUGUGAACAUGUGUGUUUAUAUGAAAGUCAACUGUGAAAUUAAAACAGCUCAAAUUUUUUGAAGAAA